CUGGCUCCGGUGCAGUCGUGUUUUCGAAUCUCUCCGAUUUUCGCGUACAUAGGGUUUGUGUGAAAAAUCGAGUGGCUCUCACAGCCCGUAUAAGCCACUGACAGCAGUGGGAAAAUUGGCUAUUGCUGCUGAUGAUGAUGCUGCUGCUGCUGUGAAUAUAAAAAAACCGAGUUCGAUCCCACCGUCUGCGGCACGACGAGUGAGAUUGUGUGCAUUUUGCUGUUUGUAGUGUCAGCUCGAAAUGUGGUCUUGUUUUGAUUGACCCAAUAUUGCCGUAAACAGAAAUCAAUCAUCACUUCCGGUGUGAAAAUUCGCCCAGCAUCCAAUCAUACUCGUGGAAAUAGGAUUUCACGGAGAAGCAGAUUAAUACGAAAAGAACUGAUUGUGCUGUGAGACUUCUGCGAGAUAUCAGAAUUGUGACGAUGCUGUAUUCACACUAAGCCCAGCGUGACUUCCCGCGUCGUGAGCAGCGAUUGACUGAUUGACUAACUGCAUCAAACCCGGCAAGUGCAACACUUCCUCGCGGCUGGCCCCUGUCUCUGUUCGAGACGGUGGCCUGCAGUGGAGGUCACAGCAAUCAUUACCGACAACGACGGGGACGACGACGACGACGCCACCAUCACUGACCACGCGUCUGCUGUUACCACUUUCACAGCCCUCUUCGUUACCGUGCUGGAACGAGGGCAGCUAUGUACGGACUGCUGUUGGAAAAUCUGUCCGAGUAUGUGAAAAGCGUUUACGGUGAGGACAAGUGGGAAGACAUCCGUCGACAGACCGGAAUCGCGUCGCCUUCGUUUAGUGUGCAUGAUGACUACGAUGAGGAUCUGCUCAAUCAGCUGGCAUCGAAGGCACAGGAGAUACUGGGGGUGUCCGAACGUGACUUCAUGGAUCAGAUGGGAGUGUAUUUCGUGAAUUUCGUCAGCCAGUACGGUUAUGACCGGGUCCUGUCGGUGCUGGGCCGUCACAUGCGUGACUUCCUGAAUGGGUUGGAUAAUUUGCACGAGUAUCUCAAGUUUUCCUACCCGCUGAUGCGUGCGCCCAGUUUCAUCUGCGAGAACGAAACGCGUCACGGGCUAACGCUUCACUAUCGUACCAGGCGCAAAGGAUUCGUCUACUACACAAUGGGCCAAAUUAGAGAGGUGGCACGGCAUUUCUACCACAAGGAAAUGACAAUUUCUUUGAUCAAGUCGGAUUUACUAGGGGAAACCAACCACUACACCUUUCAGCUCACGUUCGACAACCGAGCCUUCUCGCUGGCAACACUGGCAAUGACGCGGGAGGAAAAACAUCUGCCCAUCAGUGCUUCGGUGCUGUUCGAGAUUUUUCCGUUUUGCAUUGUUUUCGGGGCCGAUAUGGUCGUUCGCAGUAUUGGAAAUUCCUUGAUGGUGAUUCUUCCCGAUCUGCUGUCGAAAAAAAUUACUGAUUGGUUCGAACUAAGGCGACCGUUGAUUGCAUUUAAGUUCCAAACCAUUCUCAACCGCACAAACAAUAUUUUCGAGCUAGUCACGAUGGAUGCGGUCAAGAAACGACCGGAAAAUCAACGAAAGACUGAAAUGUUUCUCAGUGAGCAGGAACAUGAAGAGGAAGCCGUAAAGCAUCUACGGUUAAAAGGUCAGAUGAUCUACAUGGAAAACUGGCGCAUGAUCAUGUUUCUCGGAACGCCCGUCAUGCCGAAGCUGUCCUCAUUGAUCAUGACCGGUUUGUACAUAAACGAUCUAUCGAUGCAUGACUUUAGCAGAGAUCUCAUGCUGGCCGGUACCCAGCAAUCAGUAGAACUUAAACUCGCCCUGGAUCAGGAGCAACAAAAAUCCAAAAAGUUGGAAGAAUCGAUGCGCAAACUGGACGAGGAGAUGCGCCGCACGGACGAACUGCUGUACCAGAUGAUACCGAAACAGGUGGCCGAUCGGUUACGGCGUGGCGAGAACCCAAUCGACACUUGUGAGAUGUUCAACAGUGUGUCGAUACUGUUUUCGGAUGUGGUAACGUUUACGGAGAUUUGCAGCCGCAUUACACCGAUGGAGGUGGUCUCGAUGCUGAAUGCUAUGUAUUCGAUAUUCGAUACACUGACGGAGAGAAAUAAUGUAUAUAAGGUGGAAACGAUAGGCGAUGCUUAUAUGGUGGUCUCAGGAGCCCCUGAGAAGGAACAGAAUCACGCGGAGAAGGUGUGUGAUAUGGCCUUAGACAUGAUCGAGGCAAUUACGGAUCUAAAAGAUCCCUCAACUGGAUCUCACUUGCGAAUUCGAGUGGGAGUCCACUCUGGUGCUGUGGUAGCGGGAAUCGUUGGCCUCAAGAUGCCCCGUUACUGUUUGUUCGGUGAUUCUGUGAAUACAGCUUCUCGAAUGGAGUCUACUAGUCAAGCAAUGAAAAUUCACAUAUCACAAUCAACCAAAAAUUCUCUACCGGUCAACUACCGUGUAUCGGAAAGGGGUGAAAUCGAUGUGAAGGGCAAGGGAACAAUGAAAACCUACUGGUUGGACUACAAGGAGAAUCGACCUCCGCUGCAGAUGUUGGCCGAGGAAGUGAAAAGGCCCUCGAUCGAAUACAUUGAAUCCAAGGAUCGACGAGUCAGCAUAUCCGGGUACAACAUGCAACACAAACAAUCCAACAGUGGUCUCAGCUCAGCUGGGACGGAUGAUCGCCGGGUCUAUUCACCGGUCACGUUCGAAGAUGUCGCACGACGGAGUACCGCAAACUCACCGGUUAAGCUUCACAGUUUCGGUCCCCGUCGGGAAAGCCGCCCAAACUCCACCGGUCAUGCAUUUCUCAGCAACGUUUCCGAUGUGUUUGGGUCGUUAAUAAACGAUACGGAAGAUUUUCUAGAAGAUCUGCAUCAUCGCAACUCCCUCUGCAACACCCAAUACACGUCGUCCACUCCGUCCUCCUGUGCGUUCAGUCCACCUCCGGCGUUCAGAGCGAAAACGAAGGCAUACGUACCCAGUCAUUUUAAUAAAGAGGAGCUGGAUCUCCUAUCGAAUACUACAACGUCAGCCCACAGUUCAUUCGAGCAGCAUUACCAACCGGAAACAACCAAGAAACCGGCUCUGGUCAGCAGUAAAUCUCAAGCUCCGGCAAGCAACACCUAUGAACAGCAGAAGGCAAUAAGCAGGAAGGCGAAGCUGGACAGCGUACAACAGAAACAAAACGAGGCACUGCAGAAGCUCGACAAAAUGGUCGAAGAAAUCUACAAAACGGAUCUGCCAGCAAUGUGCUUCAUGAGUCCUCCGGCUUCCCGAUCGGAUGGCAAUAUUUGCAAAUCCACCUGUAGUAGGUCGGUAAUGACACGAAGCAAAGAACAUAAUUAUCAAAAUGAAACUAACAAUAAGAUUUCCGAACCCUGCCUAGCACUGUAUAGCUUAAACGUUUAUUUUCCUAUUACAUGUUCGUCGUCUGCGACGAUUGCCGCUCCGGCGACAUGCUGCAACCACUCCGGCCAUAACAAUCCAUCAACCUACGGCACCGUCUGCUCCUGUAGAUCCCAAGCACCAGCACCGACACCGCCGGAUCCACCGCCCCCCUGCGAGCACACGCGAGUUCAGCCGCAGCAGCACUGUCACGGCUGUGGCGGCUCAUCUCCGACGGGUGGUUCCAGUGGCGGUAAAGUUCCGCAGAGCUUUAGUUUCACCCACGCAAAAGAGCACAAGUGCUGUUCCGGGUAUGCUGCGACCAUGGCGGCUCACCAUCAAAACGGACGCCACCACAAAGUGCACUCGAACGCUUGUCAGAUUCUGUAGAGCCGUAGGAUACGCAUUCGAAGUUUUAGGUUCCCGGUCUUAGUGGGGCUUCUAGUCAGUCGGGCGCAACACCUCCCCCCAAAGGUGAUUCAGGGAGAGGUUCCCUUGAGAACACCUUGUGCGCCGCAACGUUCUUGUACGUUAGGACGUAAUUUGUGUAUAGUAGGUUUUAAUUUAUUCAGUUCGUCAUGUAGUGCAUAGUAUUAGAAAGUGGUGGAUAAAACAAAUUCGUUCAGAGAUUGGAUUCCGGGACGUCAACGUUGAACGGGUACUGGGAAAUGAAAUAAGUAUGAAGACGCUCGAGUAUUCGCGACAAAAGUUAUCCAAAUUGUUUAAUGGAAACUUUUCUUUUGCACAAUAUCCAGCUAGUGCGACAUCUACCCAACUGACGAAUCGUGAUUGUACAUUGAACAACUCGUAGACAAACCAGUAUUCCGAAAUUCUCUCUACAUGUUCAGCACGCAGUAAUCGUCCUAAAUUUCAGCUCGUUAUGCAGCUGAAUCAUGUCUUUUUCUCUAUGAACCUGUGAACCUGUCGACAAUCAUCGCACCUCGUCUUCUAUGCUCUAACGUCCCUCCUUAAACUCUCAAUGUUAUAAAAACACCUUCUGACGACCAAGAGCACUAUCAUCAUGAACUAUUACAAUGUUUGGUGUACGUUUCCGAAGUUAUUUCGCCCAAUCUGGCAGAAAAACUUAUUGCGACGCGUUGCUCUCUACGGGAUGGUCGUGGGAUCGAAUGAACGGCAAAAUUCGUUUUUGGAGACAUCCUUUCGGGUAUAGUUCCGAUGUCAUUGUCUUAUUUGUAACGAAAACUUUCGUUUUUUUUGCCACAGCUGCAAAUGCCCUGCCAAAUCAUAAAUUUUCUUGAAAAUUUGUCGGCAAAACAAAUUUAAAUUUGGCUGGAACGUCCCCCCGAGCCGUUGUGAAAUAAAUUUUUUUACCUGGGAUUUGCCCGAAGUCAGCCUUGACAUAGGUUUCAUCGUCCAUCAGAAGACACCCGUUCGACUUGGUCAGCACCUGGUCAUAUAGUUUCCUAGCAAGAAUUUUGACCAUACUAUUCUGUUUUAUGGUCCGAUUUGGCUGUUUGCUAGCUCGAUACGACUUGAUUCCUUCCCGGAGUCGAGUUCUCCUCACGGUACUAUGGGCAGCACCGAAUUUUCUGGCCCAAUCAUGGUUCGACAGAUUGGAAUUCCUCUUAAUCGUCUUCAAAAUCUUACCACUCAGUUUUCGGUCGACAGUUCCACUCCGACGAUUGGCUGGAGGCUUCCGAAUCGUCGUCAAUGUUUCCUUAUACCGUUUGAUAACGCACCAUACGGUAUUUCUGGGAAAUUUCAGCUGUUUAGCUAGCCUAGAUGCAGACCACAAUGGAUUUUCCAAAUAACUGUGCACAUUUUUUUCCCUUCUUUCGGCUUCCAUGUUGAUUGUUUACAAAGUACAGUCGAUUUGCGGAAUGUCAAAAAUCAUACUUGACAAAAUUCCCGACACGUGGGCGCCAAGAACUUCCAAAUCCGUCCACCAGGAGCGCCACAAUAUGAGCAAAAGUUUGUUCCAAUUCUAAAUGAAGCAAGCUUUACCACCAAAACACGUCUACUCAACACGACACAGCAGGAGAACUACACAUCGUAUACCAAAAUCAGAAAGAGGAUGAGUCAGCUCAUGAAUAGCUUACUACGAUUAAACAAUAACCGUGGGUACAACCAUGACAUUACCAUGGAUACAACCUCGUAUUAUUUACAGGAUUCUAUCGUUCUCACAUGUUCGUUUCUAAUGAACGUACACUAAGGUUUCUUUUCACACGAUUUUUUAACACUCGGGUUUUUUUUACUCGGAUUUCGAAAUUAACGCGGCCUAGGUUUGGAUGGUUUUUUCAAUUAGCACAGUUUUUAAAAUGAACUAUUAAAAAAAGUAAAAACUCAAAAAACAACAGGGUUGUAUUCCAAAAAAAAAGUAAGAGAGUUAAUUUAUUAAAAAGUUUGAUUUUUCAUUUAACAAUUCACGGGAGUAUUGAUUAUGGUUCAAAAAAAAUUUACUCAGUUGUGCCCUCCCAUUGGUUGGUGGGCUUGACGGUAUUGCAAACAUCAUCACAUACAAUCAAAUAGCGUUACAAUUUGUUAAAGAUAUGCGUUAGAGCUUUUACCUUCAUAAUUGAAUUAAAUAAAUAAGAUAUGGAACGACUUGAAUAAGAUGUUGAUUGCUUUACGCUACAACAUCCGGGGUUGGAGAGGCCGGUAGGGCUUAACUGAGAUCUUUUUUAUGUUUUAUUUUCAUACUACCGGCCCUUAUUACCAGUGUGAAGUGAAAAUUAAGUGGAGUGAGCGUAACCCAUUAGGGUUUCACACGAUGACAACAAAUGAACGGUAAAUCGAGUCCAUAUUUGACGUUUAUUGGUGGUUUGUGUACAAUCGAUUACUUUGGAAUAAGAUAGAAUGUUGUAGAAUAGAACGAAAUAAUUAUGACUUAACCAAUGAGCAAACCACUGAUAGCUGUCAAACGAUGUUCAUCCAGUUUGUAUUGUGAGGAUGUAUCGUUUGAGACCUGAUGGAUGAGAUGAUGUGUGAGUGAAAUGUAAGAGUAAGUGCAUGCAAGAAUGUAAUAAAGGCCACCGUUGCAGCUCAGGACUAACGAUCGACCAUUAGAAGAGAUAGAAAUUGGGUAACGGUACCCCCAUUCAUCUCAAAUCCAUUAGUCAUUUCAUAUACGAGAACCAUUAGGUAUAGUGAGAUCAGUUAUCUCUUCAGAAGUAACAUGAAAUUUGGAGCAUUUUGUUUCGCUAAAACAGUUGUAUUGAACCACUUCCGAACUACUGCUAUGCGUUAUUGCUUCUUAGAGAUGAGGCAAAGACUUUGUAUUCGAUUUUAUCACAAUUCAUUUAUUGAAAGUCGAGUGAUCACAUAAAAUAACAUGGUGACUCUACUAAUGAGAUGACUAUUGGCAAACUAGUUUUAGUUAGGAUCUAUAAGAGUAGAAAUAGUAACUCAAUGUGCUGUAGUAAUACUUAUGGGACCCAAGUGUCAAUAUAAUUUAAAUAAAAACGCAUGUCCUCAGUUCUUUUCCGUCAAACCAUCAUGACCGGCCUUACAAAGAUGUCAUUAAAAAACACUAAUCCUUUUUUUUGUUUUUUUUUCGGAAAUGGAUGAAUAAGAAAGCUGAAAAAUUGGAAAAUAAUUUAAUUUAGGUACAAAAUGGAACAUGGGUAAGAAUUAAAACACCACUGCAUACAACUAACUUUUACAUUUAAGGAAAUAAAAUAACAUAUCAGCAAAAGUGCGGAAUGGAAAUAAAAUAGAAUGACAACAGAAGACACUUACGAAACACAAUUGAAUAGAACCACUGGAAUUUUGGUGAAACAGAAUAUAAACUAUGAUCAAAGGUAAGAAAACCAACAUAAAUUAAUAAUAAAAACUGUUGGGUAAUAAUAUAAUUUCCUCAUAUUGAAAGAGGCGUUUAUAUGACGCGCAUGCGCUAAUUCGGCCUGAUAAAAACUAACGAGGAGGGAAACACAUUUUGGACAGGGCUGUAAAGCUGAUUGGAACCCUUUCCCCACCAAAAUGUGAUAUAAGGAAACUAUAAGGAAAAAAAUUUUACUCAGUUGUGAUCUUCAAUUCCUGUCGUAAAAAAACACGAAAACAUCAUCUUCGCUCGUGGCGUAUGACAUAUUGUCUGUAUCGUCAUUGUCACCACCGAGAAUUUCGUAGAGUAGAAGAACUACUUCCUAGAGCCGUCGGAUUUCCUAAUGUUUUCAACUCUUCCUCAUAUCAAACAAUUCAGUAUUUCAUAUCACUUUGAAGGACAUAGCUCUAACAGUAUUAGGAUCAACGGCGAUGAUAUGAGUGACGUCAUCAAAUACUAACUUUUGCUACUGAGUGUUCUAAUUUUAAAUUGGCGUCCAAUGUUUUUUUUAUCGAAGUUGACUACACCCUUCUCGCGACAGGUUAACAGCUCUAUAAUCGAAACAAACAAAAUAUAGUCCUACCGAAUUUGAUCCGGAUACGGCUUCCGGUUCCGGAGUUACAGUCUGAUUAGCACAAAAAUUUUAUUUUCAAGAACGUGUUUUUAUUUAUAACACUAAAAAAUCUAGCAGAAUACUUUCAACUAGUUGGAUGAUUCUUAAAAUGAACAGGUUUGGUCAGUUAUGUCGUUUUCGCUUGAGAAAAUUGAAACUGACCCAGGGUAGCUUCAUCAAACAAACACUUUUCACGAAACUGUGUUGACUUCGCACUUAGCAACGGGGGUUUGAGAAAACCUGAUAUAACAACCAGGUUCGAAACUGACUCGAUUUACAGUUCAACAACGUUGAACCUAGGCUCAAAACUGGCUUCAAACAAACGGUUUGAUAGCAGUUAGGGUGGAAACUGGGUUAGGUUUGGCAUCAAGCGAAAACGACAAUAAUGACCAAAUACAUUGACUUGAGUUAUACCGGAUCUUCGUUCCCGGUUCUAAAAGUACCGAAAAAAGUGAUCGUGUACUCCAACCCGGAAAUCACUCCAAUUUCACAGAAUCGGUCAGACCGAUUUUCACAAACCCAGAUUCCAAUGGAAGGUAUUAUGUUCCCAUAGGUAAGUGUGUAUAAUUUUGUCCGGAUCCGACUUUCGGUUCCUGAAUCAUACGGUUGAGUGUGUAUGAAUUUGCAAUUCGUUAUUUUGUGAUCGCUCCAAAAGCGUGAAAAUUCUAAAAUUUGGUUCAAAACUGUUUCAAUUUAUAGACUAUACCAGUUGCUGACCAAACGAACCGAGUCGAUUUUCACAAUCUUAGACAUAAAUAAAAGAGUCAACGUCUAUAAAAAUAAACUGCUUUUGACUUUUUUUUCGGAUCUCAGUUCCGGUUCCGGAGCAAUAGGGUGAGAUGUGUUUUAAAUUUUAAACCGUCAUUGAGAGUGAAAAUGCAAAAAAAAAAGAAUUCUUAUUAACUUGGGUCAAAACAGUUAAAAAUUGAAACGAUCAUGCUAGUGUAUGCAAAAACAAACUUUUUUGUUUUAUUUUUUCAUUAUUGAAAAAAUGUUUUUUGAAGAAUCUCUUAGGAAUAUUUAUGAAAACCCAAGUUAUAUGAAAAAAGCAGGUGGAUUAAAACAAAUUUUUCAUUUUGCCAUAAAGCGAAUGAGAAAACAGGCUUUUACAAAAAAAAAAUCAUAACUAACUUAACUAAUUUCUUCAACUUUUGAGAAUGCUGUAUAGCAAUGUAAAUAGUUUAUAGGAAAAAUGCAUAGAGCUGAACUGAGAGCUGCGUUGAAGUAGAUCGCCCGUAGUUGCACUUCGUGAUUGACCGAAUGAGUGGAAAUGUACAAUGAACCAAGAAAAUGAAGCUUGGGAGAAGCAAAUCAUUUUCACUGUACAUACCCAUACUCACUCCUAACUUUUUAUUUAAUGAUCAAUAAUGACGCUGGCUACGACCAAAUGCUGUGCUACUGAGGGAAAGGAAGGAAUGUUAGUCCGAUACUCGUUGUUUCUAGAGACCUCUAUUACGAAAAAUUUAGAUCAAUAUCUUGUGAGUUUUCGCAAAUCGCUAUUGGAAUAGUGAAUAUGCUCCACCGAUAAAAUAGAUUCCAUGAAUGUUGUGGUUUGCAUUUCAACUGGACGUUGCGUUUAAGAAAUGUAUCAGUCUCAAUAGCAAUAUGAAUUUUGUGAACUUUGAGAAAAUUCUAAAAUUUAUAUUCACUCAAUUUAAAAAAAUCGAGCAUUCCAGUUUAAAACAUUCAAAUAAUUGUUUAACAUCAUUGCUGAAUUUUAAAUUCAUUACAAUACAAUUAUUGGCAAAUUUACGCCCAACUUAAAAUGCUUCGAAAAGUCUAAUUCAUUCGGAUGAUUAUUUGAAAAAGCUGAUCUUGUAGGUAGAUCAUUUUAUUUUAUGUUAUUUUGCCUAAAUCAACUUCGUUAAAAAAAGCGUAUGGCAUUGAAGGAUUACUUAUAGAUGAAGAAGAUGACUGGACAGGAACAUUCUUUACAUCAUGAUUCACAAUCCGGCUUAUCAUUUUUCAACCUUUUUGAUAAGUUGCACAUUGUUAUUCUUACUUCCUUUUUACAUGACGAUGGGAAAUUUUUUGCAAAACUACUAUAACUGCUAGUGCAACGUGGACGAGUUGGUGAUUUGCUGCACAAUAGUUUUAGAUGUAUUGUACUCAAAUUUGUUCUACAAUGAUUUAUUCGGUAGCAUUGAGAAACUCUACAUUGAUAAAUUGCACAAACGAUUUUAUUAUGUUUAAAAAUCUUUCUGAGCGUAUCUAACAUGAAUAACAAUUCCAACAUCUUGAAAUUUUAAUAAGCUACAUUUUCUACUUGGGCGAUGGCAUUAACAUCCAUUCAAGGGUGGCUUUUAUCGUAUCAAAGAAUUCUCUCUAGCAACUCUUCACACAAUUCGAUCAGUGCCAUCAAAGAGAUGUAAAACCGUCACGGUUUAUUCAACAUAGAAUGGACACCAGUGCGAGAGCGAAUUUCUCUCGAUGACUCGUCUGAGCAUCAUGAGUUAGAACGCUCGUUAGAAUGCUCGUUUUGCGAUUCUAUACGGCCAGAUGAUAACUGCAAUAGAAUUAUUUUUCUAAUGCCACUUAUUCUAACUAUGUGUAUAUAACCUUUGUAUAAGUUGUGUCUAUGAAAAUGUCUAAGAAUGUUCCACACAAGAGUUUUGAAUUUUUUUAACCUAGUAUGAGAAUAAUCAAGUCGAAUCAUCGACUCGAUUUUCUGCGAUAAUUGUGAACUUGCGAUUCUCUCUUGGUAAAUUCCACACAGCACCGAUCAUUGUAAAAUUGUAUCUAUUUUGGCAAGGGCCGUGAAAUACUCAGAGUAUUAAGUGGUGCGAAGAAAUGUAGAAAAAUUCUCUCAUGGUUCAUGCAGGCAUCGAGCUCUUGUAGCAUCAUCUACCGGAUUGACGAUGUUGUAUACAAUGUAGAUAAAUAUUAAGCCAAUGUAGAUAAAUCUCAGCCAAAGUAUUGGCAAUCACAAACACUGCCUCAAUUACUAAAAGAGUAAAACUUGGAAUAGCUUUUUGCGGCGAUCCAAAGACUAUCCAUUUACAUUUUGCACGGUAAUUUUUCGAUAAAUGGUCUAGUAAUAGUAAAGUAAAGUCUUGGCAUUACAUUCCUUUUGUGGAAUUUGGUUUUUCUGUUUCAACAGAUUUCGCAGUCGAUUCUCAGCGUACAGAAUCAUUGCAUGGAUAGUACUACGAUCCUACUGACACUGUGAAUCCUUCCAGGUCGGAGUUCGAACAGUAGUAGUACAGUCUAGUAAUAGAUAUCUUUAAUUUAUUUGGCAGAUUUAGUGUUCGUGUUAUGAUAAGACAGUACCGUAUCCUACGGAAAUAUGCUUGACAUUUUAGAAAAGAAAAAUCCAAUAGCAAAGGCUCAAUUUUACUUCGUGCUGAUUUUGCAGAAUUUGCUGCAUCCACAGAUGGCCUGCCUCACCAAAAAUUUUUUGGCAAACUUGUCGAUUUUCUUCUUCCGGAGCAUCCAAGCGCGAUUUGUCGAGAAAAAGCUCUUCUCACUGGAGGUCUUCUGGGCGUUUUGAUUUACGUCAAGUCAUCCAUUAGGUACGAUUCAUUUCGAUUGCACGCAACAACUUGCGAUAAAACUUCCUAGCGCGGGAUUUGGUCACCGUAUUCUGUUUAUCGGUUCGACUAGGCACCUUCCUUACUUUCAAAACACGAAGUCUAGUGCGCUUAAUUGCCUGUUUGGAAAACCAGACCGUCGCACAGUGGUCCAAAACUGAAAAAAACGGUCAAAAGUCUGUACUGACUUUCUCUGAUUUUUAAAAGCUAACGUGUCUUCGAAGAAGUUUUACAAGAUUGAAUUACGCUUCUUUUGAAAGUAGAACCCUAAUUUUUGUUAAGGGGGUAGUACCAAUUUCUAAUAAAAAUAAUUUUUUUUCUCAAAAAAUUUUUGUUUUCUAUCUCAUUUUGAAGAAAAAAACAUUUGAAGUAUUUUUGCUGAAGAUAUAAAUAAUGUAAAAAAAAUAUUUUUUAUAUUCACUUUAUUUUUAAAACAGUUUUUUUUAUUUAUCUACAUAGAAACUAUCUCUAUUACCUAAGUAUCUACUACAAAGUGCGAGUAAACACGCAUAAACAAGCUCAUGUUUGCACGCGCAACUUAAGCAAAUUGUUGUGAUUUUUGUUUUGUUUACUUUUUGACAAUUAACAAUAUUAGAAAAAAUCUAAGUGAAACUCGAUGCAAUUUUUAGGCCUUUUCAAAGUUAGUUUUAAAAAUAGAUAAGUCCGAAAAAUUAUCAAAAGUUCAACCAAUAUUAAAAAAAUAGAAAAAUGUUUUGCAAACAAAAUAUGAAAAAGUAUUGUGAAAGUACAAACCUUUACGAAGAGAAUUCAUUUUUAAAUGUGUAAAUAAAUUGAGUUAUCGCAAAGCAACACGUUUUUUAAGACGAUAUGCUGAUCGUGCGACGCUCACUUAGAGAUGUGCGAAGCUCAUACUCAUACCGGUGAGCAGCUCCGAACCGAUCAAAAAAAUCUGUGCACGUUUCCCCGUUUCCAUAAUAGCUGAUCGGAAUCAUUUUGGUAAGCAAAAAAAAAGGUCUCAUUAUUUCCUACCGCUCUGUAAUUUUUUGUGCUAAACUGUGAUCAAUUUUAAAAAUCUGUGAUCGAUUUCAGAAUCUGUUUACUGUAGAAUUUACUGUGACCAUUUUCAGAAAUCUGUGAAAAUCUGUGCCAUUUUUUAAAUCCGUGCAAAAGGUUGACAAUCUGUGAAACACAAAUAAUCUGUAAAUCUGGCAUCCCUGCUUACCAGCUGUGAGCUAUCAGCUCACUUUAAAGAUUCGAUUCACUGGAAUAGCUCAGGAGCGAAUUGCACAUCUCUACGCUCACUGCAAAUGUGAGUUACAGAAAUAGCAGACGCGUGACGCGUUCCGUUUAUUAACCAUUCAGCAUGGCCUUAGUGAAAAUGAGUCACACGAAUAGUACUAAGGAUAUUAUCAUUGGAAAAUAAAUUGGAUUAGGAAUAUAUUUUCCUGUAGUAUUGUAAAAAUUUGUUGCAUUAAGUUGCAUAUUUCGCUUCGGUACAAGGUUUCCUAUGUAAAAAUUGGUAAAAUGAUGUAUAACCUAUGCAUUAGCUUUUACAAAAUUAUGGGAUUUUAUAUUUUCUACAAUUAUUCCAAACAAAAUAUGUAUAAAAAAAAUAACUUGAAACAAGUUAUGAUUAGAAAACUAGUUUUAAGGGGGUUGUCACAAUUCAAUAACUAAAACUAACUUUGAAAAGCCUUAAAAAAAGUUCCAUCGAGUUCCACUCACAAUUUUUUUUAUAUCUUUUCCUAUAAAUUUGGUAAAAAUCAGCUGCAUAAAGUUGCACAUUUCGCUUCGAUGUAAGGUUUUAUCAUAGGUAAAAAAAGAUAAGAUGUUGUAUAACUUCGCCAGGAAAGAACAAACCUAUGCACUACCUUCAACAAAUAUAUGAGAUUUUUUAUUUUCUUCAAUUAUUUCAAAGAAAGUAUGCAUAAAAAAAUAACUCUAAACAAGUUAUGAAUAAAAAACUGAUUUUAAGGGGGUUGCCAUAAAAACGCUUUGUAUAUCCAAAAUGGUGCGACCUACACUUUUGGUAUAUUUGACAAAGUAAAUUAUUUUUAAUAGUUCUAAAAGUUUGUUGAAGAAAAAAUUUUUCUAUCUCUUCAAAAGAAAAAGUUAUGGUUGUAUUUUUUGUCAAAGUAGGCCUUCAUGGGGAUAGAAUAAAAUUACGCGGUAUAUAUUUGUAAAUAAUUUCUUAAAACAACUAUAUGCAUUAAAAGAAUGGUUUGGCAGCUACUGAUUUAUGUCCACGUUUAUAUUGAUUCGAACCACUGUGCACCGGCUCGAAGACGCUCAAUACAGCUGUUCAGUACCAUAAGUUAUUCAAUCUUUAUCGUACAAUGUUGCUAGUUGAUUGUGACCGAUAUCAGCUCUAAAUCGAAAUCUGUAACUUGUUUGGCAGAUUUGGUGUCGGUGUUACGAUAUAACAAUACCGUUACCUACGGAAAUAUGCUUGACAUUUUAGAAAAAGAAAUCCAACACUGGCAAUGAACAGCAACAAUAACAAUGGCCCGAUUUUAUUCCGUGCUGACUUUCCGAACUUGUCGCACCCACAGCCUUCCACACCAAAUACUUCUUGGCAAACUUGUCGAAUUUCUUCUUUCUAGCCUCCCUAUGGCCUGACGUCUUCUGGGAGUCCGCUUUAACUUUAGUCUCGCUUCCUCUAAGUACGAUGCAUUUGGAUUGCAUCCAACUACACGCGAUAAAACUUCCUGGUGUGGGAUUUGGUCACCGUAUUCUGUUUAUCGGUUCGAUGGGAUGCCUUUCGUACCUCGAAGACAUGAAUCAUGGCUUACUACGUUGUCUUCUGGAAGAAUUGACAUUUUUGGCCAGGUCACGAAUCGAAAGGUUCGAACUGCGUUCGAAAUAAUCCAUCAACUUCUCUGCGUUCAUGAGGGCAUGCAUUUUUUUUCGAUUUUGUUCCGCUACCAGCUCACCGCUAGGACGUCUUGAUCUCCUUGAACGAUUUGAACACUCCGAGUACGGAGUUCUAACUGUUUCACCAUCAACCUAUGGUAUUAGUCCGUAUUUUCCACGACCACAUUCAUAAUUUUUUGACGAAGGACUUUUUGCUUGGAAGCCACCUCGAAAACCAUUUGACAAAUUGUGUAGAAAUUUUUCACAUGUAAACAUUACACUAUUGACUAGUUUUAUUCAAUAUUUCUUAGUUUGCAAUUAAAAGACAUGUAAAAAACAAGGGGUUGCAAUUUAUGCGAGUACGGUCGUUAAUAUCUAUUUUUCAAAGGGCUCAUGUUCUUUUGACAUCAACUUUUAGGGAUAGUCUAAAAAUAUAAUUAUACUCAUAAUUAUAUUUUUGGACUAUCCUUUAAAGUCUCACCAGCUGAACUUUCGUAGGGGAGAACAUGCUCUUUCGAAUAUCUGUUUUAUCCACCACUUCACUUUGAAGCACAAUUGUAGGCAACAAAAAAAAACUCACACAUGAAGGAAAUAAUCAAAUGAAAUCGGCAUGAAAACAGCGCGAUACACCCCAUUUUUUUCGUGUACAAAAUAUUUAAUGUUGGAUUAUUUUUCUUGCGUAGAUCGAGUAGCUAAAUCAAUUUCCAAUUUCGUUUCAUAUCUUAGCGCAGAACGAGAAAUUCCGUUGUUAGAAGUUUCGAGUUCGAUUAUCUUGAGACACUUUUAGAACCGAUGUAUGUGUGUUUGUAUGUAUGUAUGUUAUUGGUGUGCAAAACAAAAUAUGUAUCCGACGAUACGAAACACUUUUGACCAAAGAAAACUCGCUAGUAGUCAUUCCGGGUAAAGCGGAUGAUAAGUUGUUGGAACGGAGACAGAGUAUUAAAAUAUGUCCAUGACUGUGCACUCAACAGGUAUUAGAUCGAAAAAUUCAUAUUCACCCUAAUGGUAACUGUAAGAAUGCAUUUGACCCUAAGCCACAGAACUAAUCAAAUACGAUAGAACCAAACCCCUGACGGGGUGCACUGUUUGUUCAAAAUAGAAUAGUUUAUUUUUGUGAAUGUUAUCCAACGUUGAAGAAAGUUUUAUCCCAAAGCAGAUUUACACAAAUGAUAUAGACACGCUUUAGUGAACCUCAGAUCAACAAUCAAAUUAUCCCAAACAAACCGGAGUCAGGAUUGCAAUGGACAAUAAAUUAGCAAACCAUCAGUAGCAAACCACAGUUCAAGUUACCACCAGAAUAUCAUUUCGUUCGACUGUACAACCUCGGACCGACAAUAAAAAUAAAAGCAUUUACCGACAAAUGAAAGAGUUCUAAAA